AUGGGUCUCCCUCUUUAUCAGCCGCGGGUCGAAUCUGACCUUCCUUCGCACAAAUCUGCUUCAGGACGGGGCGCUGAGUAUGGGCGGUCCACGGUACGCCGUCUGAUGCAGGAGCGCGUAGAGCGCGCCCAGCGCUCUCGGGACAGCCGUUCUACGCGCGAUCGCAACCACAGCCCAUCUCUGGUGCUUGCGCUGGAGCAUGUCUUUGGUCGCCCGGUGAGAACAGAGCGGCCGCCGCGGUCCGCGGUUACAGCUUCGCGUGACCCGCUUGGUUUGCUGGACGACGACUACAUGGCAGAUGAAUCUGGUCUCCCUUGGGCCAGAACCAGCAGCAGCCUGAACCGCAGGAGAGACUUGAAUGACGGAUCGCUCUGGCUCACCAUGGCCGUUGAGCCCGACUUUCUUCCUCGUCCCCAGCCGUCGGUCGAGCGCCAUGCUGUGUCCAGCAUCCGGUCCACUCUGGCACCAGACCACGCACCUCGCAGAGCAACGAGGUCCCCGGUUCGCCUCUUCAGCAGUCACACCAACAUUCGUAGCGGGCCCACGCCCAGCAGCAUGAGGCGCUCGUACGACGACGACGCGGGGAAUGUGACCGAAGACCUUGACCACCUGCUGGAACCCCAAGAGCGGCGCUCGCGGCCUAGCAUAGUACGGCCGUCGGUGUCGAUCUCAGCCCUGGAGGCGACCACCCGCCUCGACGGCCUAGGCGACCGUAACAGGAGCCUCAGCCCGGAGGGCGACGGCGUGUGGGAUACCCUGCUGACCACCCUGACGCCCGACCCUCAGCCGCCCAGCGUCGGGUCCUCGUUUGCUUCGGCCACGGCGUCUGCGCGAGCCUCCCAGAGCACGCUCGGCACCACUCGCUCAUCGGCCUCCGUCGGGACGUCCUUCACCCGUUCGGAUCCGGAUUCGGCGGCUGAAGAGCCGCAUGCUCCGGCAUUCGAUCCACACUGCGAGUCGGGGUGUGAUAACUCCGACACGGAAGGCGACGAAGAGGAUGAUGACGAUGAUGAGAUGGAUCAGAACCCCUUCUCAUCACAUAUCUUGGGCUCGCGCACCAGCCGGCGCCCGAACGGUUCCGGCACGCGCAGCAGCGAAAGUAGCAACAACAGCAAUGAUGAUCCGUUUGAGCUGGUUGGCGGUCGCAGCGUGAUGCAGCGCAUCAUGCGCAACCUAGCCAGCCGCGGCGAUAUUCCCGAUGAAUGGUGGGCGCAGUUUGGCCUCAGUCGGUCCCUGCCCCGCGAGGCGUCGGAGAACCAGUUGUAG